CUUCUUCAUACAUUUAUUUUUCUAUCUCAACCCUAAGCUCAAAAACAAAAGGAAAACCAUGUGAUAGUGGAUGGCUUUGACUCUUGCGUCAAGUCAUGGCUGAAGACUUGGGCAAUUGACGGCACAAAUAAUGCCCGUAAACCAUAUCCUUGCAUUCUGGAAAAAAGAGAACAGAGGGAAAAGUAAAUGGAGGCAUGUUGUUUGAUAUGUUUGAAACGCAGUUUCACGAUUUGUUUUGCUGCCGUCUCCUUUCUUGUCGUGCUAGUUUCUUCUUCUUCUGUUCGUUCUAAUUCUCUUCCCCUCGGAAUCCACCCGUUAGAUGCCAAGAAUUUUGCUGCGGAGGUUAUCAAGUGUAAGGAUGGGUCCAAAUGGUUUACCAGAGAUCGUCUCAACGACAACUUCUGUGAUUGCCUUGACGGCACCGACGAGCCCGGGACUUCAGCUUGCGCAGCAGGCAAAUUUUAUUGUAGGAAUGCAGGAAGUAUACCUCGAUUCAUUUUUUCUUCUCGAGUUAAUGAUCGCUUUUGUGAUUGCUGUGAUGGAAGCGAUGAACAUGAUGGGGGCAUCAUGUGUCCCAAUACAUGCAUUAUGGGUGGUAAUGUGGAGUACAAAACUGAAAAUUAUAUUUCUACAACUACUCAUACGGGUGCUACUAAAACGAAGGAAAUGAAGAGUGGGAUCAAUUUAGAAGAUUUGAUCCAGACAUUUGCAGGUUUGAAGAUUAUAACAGUGGCGGAAGUGGCUGUUGGUGGGUUUCUGGUUGUUAAAUGGAUAUCUUAUAAGCGUGUCAAGUCUAGGAGAAGACAUCACAGAUGAAGGAAUCUGCCAUUAGCUUUGGGGUAUAUCCUUGUCUUAUACUUCCACUUGUUUCAUGGGAAAGAAGGCAUC